AUGGCCGUCUCUGAGUUGGUGAGUCAAACGUGGACUCUUACCAAGAAAGAUCUUUUACUUGUCGCUCGUCGACGGUGGUUCAGCACAUUCAUUCGAGCCGUCGCUUUUCCAAUCGUUCUUACCGUUAUCCUCGCUUCUGUCAAGAAUUGGAUUCACAACAAUGGUGGAUAUGGCAUUGGCGAACCGUCUCCCAUUCGAUCCCUACCUGAAGCUUUCGAUGCUGUGGGCACACAGAGAACGAACUUUGUCAUUGUUGACAGAGGUCUUCCGGGAGCAGACGUGCGGUUCGUGAUCGACCAGCUCUCUACCAUGGCUCGGAAUGGCAACCGCAACCUUCAAAUCUUGAAAGACUCCGACGACUUGACCACCGCUUGCCCAAGCUCUAGCAAAGGCGUCACCAACUGCUUCGGCGCUGUCGAUUUCUGGUCCUCUCCGGACCAAGCUCCUGGCGCGAUAUGGAACUACACCAUCUGGCAAGACUCCGUCAUCAGCGGCGCCGACGUGCGCAGCGAUUCCAAUGCUGUCCAACUUUACACUCUACCACUUCAACGUGAAGUCGAUUCCUUGAUAUCGCAAAGAAACAACGGCUCACAACUGCCCGAUACCAUCCUACAAUACCCGUUUACAAUGCAGACGCAGGAGCAAGUCGACUUUAAAGACAGCAAGUUCUUUGGCUUGCUAGUCACUCAGGCGAUUGCUUUCGUCCUCUUCCUGGCACUCGUCGGGAUAGCAUAUCAUCUCACGGGACACGUUGUUCGUCAGCGCGAAGAGGGAAUGCUGCAACUCAUCGACGCCCAGAUGCCGAACAAGUCUCGCUGGGAGUCUUUGGUCGCUCGAAUGUUCGCCACGCACCUGGCCUUUGAUAUCAUUUACUUGCCGGCUUGGAUUGUAUGCGGUGCGGUCGUUGGAUCAAUCAUCUUCCCCCACUCCAACGCUGGUUGGUUUGUCUUGCUGUACGUCAUGGCUGGGCUGGCUAUGACCAGCUUCUCAAUCCUAGCGAGCUCUCUCUUCCGUCACCAGCAGCUGUCAGCCAUCAGUGCAACAGUGGCUGCAAUAGCCUUUGCGAUUGUCGCGCAGUUCUCGCAGUCCGGACAGAAGUCCACAAACACCGCAGCGGCUACCGCGACUGGGCUCCUCUUCCCACCCAGCAGCUUUGUCUACUAUCUCGUCUCGGCUGCCGUUUCUGAAAUCUUCAGCCAGCCAUUCCGUCCUGAUCAACGAGUUCCUGCACUCCUCGGCACUGUCUUGGAUAUCAGAACCUGGGAUCUCUCCCCAAGUUAUUUCCUGGGCUUCUUUACAUUCCAGAUAGUCCUCUACCCGAUCUUGGCCAUUCUCAUCGAGCGCUUUCUUUGGGGAAGCUCGUUCCGAGGACGCCACUACCGCACGGCAGAUCAGAUGGAGGGCAACGCUCUUCGGAUCAAGAACUUCAGCAAGCGAUACAACAUGGCGGCGAAGAAGCGUGAUCGAACUCUUGCCGUCGACCAAUUGUCUUUGGAUGUUUUCGCUGGUACUAUCAUGGUCCUUCUGGGCAGUAACGGAUCUGGAAAAUCGACCACACUGAACUCCAUUGCUGGCCUCGAAAGCAUCACUGACGGAAGCAUUGAAAUUGACGGCAGUGGUGGGGUCGGCCUAUGUCCACAGAAGAACGUAAUGUGGCGAGACAUGACUGUUGAAGAGCACGUCUGGUUCUUUCAACGUCUGAAGAACCCAUCUCUUUCGCGCAAAGAGUGCCACGAGGAAGUCGCUCGACUCAUUGACGGCUGCGAUCUCAAGCAUAAAACAUACGCCCGGUCAAAGACGUUAUCAGGUGGCCAACAGCGAAAGCUUCAACUUAGCAUGAUGUUGGCUGGUGGCAGCCGAGUCUGUUGUAUUGACGAAGCGUCAUCUGGUAUCGAUCCAUUGGCCAGAAGAAAGAUUUGGAACAUCCUCCUGCGAGAGCGAGGUCAUCGUACCCUUCUGCUCACCACGCACUUUCUGGACGAAUCUGAAGUCCUGGCUGAUGACAUCGCGCUGUUGUCGAAAGGCAAGUUGCGCGCUCAAGGAACAGUCGCACACCUAAAGACGUCUCUGGGCGAAGGGUUCAACGUGAUCUUGCCACAGACAGCAGCCGGAAAGCUCCCUCCUACACUUGCUGACAAUGCUCGACAAUCUGACCAAGAUACGGUGCUGAACGUGCCAGACAGUGCGACUCUUACCCAGCUCAUUGGCUCUCUGGAUCAACAUGGCUUGACGAACUAUAAGAUCGAAGGACCCAGCAUUGAGAAGAUCUUCCUCCGGCUCGCAGACGAGAUGCAACACACGGAGUUUCUGGAGCAAUCGGCAAAGAGCGAGUACGUUUCUGAACCGCACGAGACCAUGACUCUACACACUGGUAAGGGAGCUGGACCUUGGCGACAAACUGGAGUCCUCUUCCGAAAACGCCUCACCAUUCUGAAGCACAACUUCAUGCCCUACGUGGCAGCGCUCUUCGUGCCUUUGGUGGUAGCCGGCCUCGUGACCAGAUUCCUCUUGAAUGUCUCCAAUAUCGGCCUCCAAUGUCAGAAUCCAAAUGACCAGUACAGCUCAUACAACUACUACAACGUACCACAAAAUCUGGCUCCAUACCGAGUCGGACAGGACCUCAUUCUGGGCCCGCAAAGCGAAAUCACCACGGGUAGACUGGAAGACUUGUUGCCUAAUGCUACAUUCUGCUAUCCAGGAUCGUCGUAUUGCGGCACCGAGGAUACGGACUACCUUCAGCAGAUUUGGAGUACUGCGAAAUACGCCACAUCGCUUCAAGACUUUAAUACCCAGAUCAACAACUCUUUGUCUUCGGGCAACUAUGGAGAAGGCGGCUUCUUCAUCCCAGCCUCUGGAGCACCUGUUUUUGCGUGGCUCGCGGGUGGCUAUAGCCCAUAUCCGCCAUUCGACAUGCUCGGUGCGCUGGAUAUGGCGCUGACGAACACAUCCGUGGCAAAGUCGUAUCAGAACUUCGCUCAGGGAUAUGCACCGAGGGACUUCUUUCAGAGUCUCGUCGCUGUGUUCACGACGCUGGGCUUCGUCCUAUUUCCUGGCUUGUUCGCGCUGUACCCGACCAGAGAAAGGAUACAGAAAGUGCGAGCUAUGCACUACAGUAACGGAAUCUCUACUGGACCUCUGUGGACGGCGUACGCCCUGUUCGACUUCUGUUUCUUACUACUAAUUGCAGUGCUGGUGACGGUUAUAUGGGUCGCCAAUGGGUAUAACUGGUACAGAUUGGGAUACAUGUUCCUGGUCUUCUUGUUCUACGGCAUGGCAGCCACUGCCUACUCCUACGUGAUCUCACUCUUUGCUCCAUCGCAGCUCGCAGCCAUCGCAAUGACUUGCAUUAUCCAAGCUGUCAUUGCCAUGCUGUUCUUCGUUGGCUGCUUCCUGACUGUCGACAUGGCAGACCUCUCCAAGAUCUACAGCCAGCUCGAGUACAUCUACUUCACAGUCGCACUCAUCUGCCCAGCUGUCAGCUUGCUACGAGCACUCCUUGUCGUCCUGAACGUCUACGCUCUUGCUUGCAAUGGUGCCUAUCUCUCAUCGAACCCAGGUUCGAUCAGUCUGUAUGGCGGACCAAUUUUGUACCUCAUCGUCCAGUCCUUCGUCCUGGUGUUGUUCCUCAUCUUCUGGGAAUCUGGCCGCAGUCUUGAGGCGUUUGGCAUCCGCUCCCGUUCCAAACGCAACACACCAAAGGAUAUUGAGAAGGACAGCGAUGCAGGGUCUGAUGGCGCUGAAGAGGGCGAACGCUUGUCCUCUGCCAAUGGUGGCUUACGUGUCCAGCAUAUCUCGAAGACCUUCGACCGGAACCAGGCCGUCGACGAUGUCAGCUUCGGCAUCCUUCCAUCUGAGAAGUUCGCCCUUCUUGGACCCAACGGGGCUGGAAAGUCGACAAUGAUCUCGCUCAUCAGGGGCGAUCUUCGUCCAGACUCACCUCAUCAAUCCGAGAUCCACAUCACGGGCGACAGCCUGAUGCAUGCACCAGUAUCCGCCAAGCAGCACUUGGGUGUAUGCCCCCAAUUCGACGCCGUCGACUCCAUGACCCUCUCAGAACACCUGCACUUCUACGCUCGUGCCCGCGGCCUGAACAAAAAGCAGAAAGAUGAAAACAUCCGCGAGAUCAUCACCCGCCUCGGCCUGGAAGACCACAGGAACAAACUCGUGAAGAAACUCUCCGGCGGCACGAAACGAAAGCUCUCCCUCGGCAUCGCCCUCAUCGCCAACCCCUCCGUCCUCCUCCUCGACGAGCCCUCAAGCGGCAUGGACGCCGCCGCCAAGCGCUCCCUCUGGGACACUCUCAAAGCCAUCUCCGCCGGCCGCAGCCUGCUCAUCACCACGCACAGCAUGGAAGAAGCCGACGCGCUCUGCGACCGCGCGGGAAUCAUGGCGCGUCAAAUGCUCGCGUUGGGCACCAUCUCCGGCUUGCACGAACGUUUCGGCGAUAAGAUCUACGUGCACCUCGUGCACGAAGACGCACCGCGUUCGUCGCAGGAGGCGAUGGAUGAUCUCUGGGAAUGGGUGAGGGCGACGUUCCUCAUCGCCGAGACGGAGAAGUCUGUGGGCGGACAGGUGCGCUUCGCGGUGCCGAUCCAGCGGGAUGAGGAUGCGCCGGCGCAUCUUUUGGAUGGGAGUCAUAUGGGACAGCUGUUCCGCGCGAUUGAGGCGAGCAAGCAGCAGAUGAGGAUUCGGGAUUAUAGUAUUGGGCAUGCGACGCUGGAUCAGGUGUUCUUGAAUGUUGUGUCGAGGCAUGGGGUUGAUGAGGAGAAUUCGCAUGCGAUUCGGAAGUAUGCGGGGUUGAGGAGGUUGUUGAGGUUGAAGCAGUAG